AUGUUACAGUAAGAAUAGGAAGAAAACGUAACCAUGCAGACCUUUAGGCAUACAUGAUGUUCCUUCAGAAUAAAGAAAAAGAAGGCAUCCAUUGUUGCAAGGGUUUGGCAUAUCGACCUGAGAUCAUAUAACUCGUUCGGCGGCAUUGCUGUCCAAAGAGAUGCCUUAAGCGCAGUGUCCUGAGGCAGCCAAUGGGAACGCUUGUUAAGGUUGAUUGACGGGCGGGCAGACGAUCUUAAGCGUUGAAUAGGCGCCGGGCUUGGACCAGAGCCGAACUCCUGAUUGAACCGGCGUUGGUGUAGGAGUUCGACUAAGAAGAACCAUGACUUCUCGGUCUGUCGUGGCUUAUAGCCGUACGGGGAAAGGCUCCGGCGGCUACCAGCGGUACGGUUUCGUGUUCCGUGGUCAACAAGGAGGAGGAGGAGGCGGCGGCGGUGGUGGCUAUGGAGGCGGCGGCGGAGGCUUCGGUGGAGGCGGCGGCGGCGGUGGUGCCGGCUUCGGCGGAGGUGGCGGCUUCGGCGGCGGCGGCGGUGGAGGCGGCGGCGGCGGACGCGGCUUCGGUGGCGGCGGCGGAGGAGGAGGAGGUGCCAUGGUGGCAGCCGGCUCCUUUGCCCAGGCCGGGUUCGGCUUCGUCGGCCUGUCAAUCCCCAUCAUGUCCGGUGGACGGGAGCGGGAACUCCAGGGUCUCCGCGUCCACAACGACAAGCUCGCCAGCUACAUCGAGAAGGUCCGCGUGCUGGAGGACCAGAACCGUGACUUGGAGCUGCAGUACGCCGUCCUGAGCCGCGCGCCCAUGUCCGCCUCGGGAGGCGCCGACCAGGGCCAGGCCCAGAUGGACGCCUACCAGGAGCAGCUACGGAAGGCCAGGGACAUGCUGCAGCAGCUCCAGGGCAGGAGGAGCAUCCUGGAGCAGGAGGUCGCCGGCUACGAGGUGGAGGUGGCCGAGCUAACCGCCCAGAUCCAGGCUGAAAUGGCUGCCCUGGCCGCUAUGGAGGAGGAGUUGGCUGUUCUGAGGAAGAGUGUCGCGGAAGCUAACGCGGAGGGUAAGCGCCUACAAGGCGCGAUGGAGAUGCUGAGCGUCAACCUGGACUUCCAGAUCCAAGCUAACGUGCAGGAAGCGGAGGAGCAGCGUGAGAGGGUGACGCUUGAGGUGCAGCAGCAGGCCGAGGCUGAGUUCCAGGUGUCCGUGGAGAGCAUGCGCAAAGAGUUCGAGGUUAACGCCGGCGCACGCAAGGCCCAGUUGGAGGAGAUGUACGCUCGCAGGCUGGCGGCUCUGCAGACCCAGAAGCAGCGUCUGGAAGCGCAGAUCUCGGAGGCCAAGCGGGAGAUCAAGACCGUGGAGAGGGAGAUCCAGCAGGCCCUGAGGGAGCUCGACAAGCUGAGGGAAACCACCGCGCGGCUGCAAGCGGAGCUGGAGGCUACUGACAUCGAGGGCCAGCGGCAGUUCGAGAUGAUGGAGGUGACCAUCGCGGAGCUGGAGGCGGUGCUGGUGGAGCUGCGGGACCGCCUGCAGGCCCAGCGGGACGCCUACUCCGAGCUGCAGCGGGUCAAGAUGAAGAUGGACAUGGAGAUCACCUGCUACAAGCAGCUGUUGGAGGGAGAGGAGGCCAGGAUGGCCCAGCCGACUUCGAUCGUCGUGAAGACCACCAGCAGCGGUGGCGGCGGCGGAGGAGGAGGCGGCGGCGGUGGCGGCGGCGGCGGCCUCGGAGGCGGCCGUGGUGCCAUGGGCGGCCUGAAGCUCGGGAAGGGCUCCUUCCUAAAGCUACAGAACCGCUAGCACUAACCAGACUCGCCCCUAAAGCUCUCCUUAUCAUCUAUAGGAAAACGUAACUGGAUACAGUAAUGUUUGAGUUUCGGAUUGAAGAUGGGACAUGGGAGUGACGUAGUGACGUGACGUAGUGACUUGAUGACGUGUGACGCAGACGGCGACGUAAUGUUGACGGACAGGAGGUAGAUUGAAUGGCAGAUGUCAAAAGGAUGAGCUUGGGCAGUACUGAUGAACCACUAAGGUUGUUACCUUUGCUACAGAUGGUUCAAAAUAAAAGUAAAAAAACCCAACA